AGAAACCCUAGCUCGAUUCCAACAUAUUAAAAAAAAAAACAAUAAUGGAGGAUUUAAACUUUCCGAUCUGCAUACUGAAAAUGGAUCUCCGGUGUUGCGAAGACUUCGCUUCCAGAGUGAAGAAGCGUCUUCGUAAAGUAAAAGGAGUUUACGCUAUUACCAUAGUCCCGACCAAGGGUCUCAUCUUGGUCUCCGGCACAGCAGAGCCUCAGGUACUUAUCACAGCCGUCCAAAAAAUCGGGCAAACCCCCAAACUCUACGCCUACGAGAAGGACCCAGCCAAGGCUAAGACCCAGUUCGGCGCCUUGCUCAAGCGUUACGCUAAUAAGGAGGAGCACAGAGACGAACCGACACCACCCGCAGCCGCUGCAACUUGCCCGUUACCACCAGUUAGGGGUUUCGGGCAUCCGGUACGGCCGAUGAUGCCGAUGUUUUCGUUGCCGCGGACGGUGGGUCCGCCCGGAUGGUUGGCACCGGGGGCACUGAUGGUAAGGUGCGAGGCGCCGAAGGUUAUGCCAAGGAAGGAGCCGGCGAAGUAUCCAUUGGAUUACUACGAUAAGAAGGGUUUCCCUGCACACGACUCUCCUUUCCGUUAUUUCAGCGAUGAUCACGCGCAACCUUGCUCGAUCAUGUGAUUUCAUUUCUUUCUUUCUUUUUUUGUUUUUAAUAGGUGUUUUGAUCAUUUAUGCUCUUUUUUUGCUGCAUUGUUUGGUCAUUGAAUGCUUUGCGUGAGGAUAAAGACUACGAUUAAUAAAGCAAAUAA